AUGCGGGUUUUCGGCUGCCGAACGUUUGUGCUGACCCCUAAUGAAAAGAGAUCGAAAUGGGAUCCGAAGGCUCGUGAAGGACUAUUCAUGCGGUACGAAGAAGUGUCAAAGGCAUAUCGCGUUUACGACAUUGAAGCGGACCAAGUGGUGAUAUCUCGCGAUGUCACAUUCGACGAAUCAACGUUUGGUUUCUCGCCGACGCUACCACAAGAAAUUGUUGAUGACACUGCGCUGGAUAUCGAAUCGAUGAACAUCAGCGAUGAGCCUCACCCUAUGCAGUUCAAGCAAACACGAAAACGCAAAAGCCGUUCAAACAGCCAAGAACAAGUUCUAAGAAGGACACUUCCUGAGCGUCGUGGAACCGGGUUAGAAGAAGCAAGUGCCCCGGAUGACUUUGAAUCGCACCAAGCGAAGCGACGGUCAAGCGCUCUAUUGAGGGUUACCGAUACAAUUCGAGCUUAA